AGUGACGACUCUACCGGUGCGGUGGUGAGGUGAGGUGCGCGCCGCGUCUCGCAGCUCGGGAUUACAUUUUCACGGUUUCAGACUGUGACAGAGUGAAUAGUUCAUGAGUGGUAGAGGUGAGGCGUGGUGAGGGAGAACCCAACCGCGUUCAUCACCCUUCCACACAGCAGCAUGCCAGCCACCAUGAUGAACCUGUACGAGAACGUGUGUCUGAGGUGCGGCCAAACAGUUUACCAGGUGGACAGGAUCGGCCCCCUCAAGGACUUCACCUUCUUCCACACGGGAUGCUUCAAGUGCUUCACCUGCAACUCCAAGCUUACCCUCAAGACCUACUGCAAUAACCAGGAUUCUCAGGAAGACAAGGAGGUGUACUGCUCGUCCCACGUCCCCAAGCCGGGCCCCGGACACCUCGACGGCGACGCGGUGGGCAUCAGGUCGGCACUCAAUGUACCCCGCUCGGCACAAUUCGUCAAUGACCAAAUUAGACCGGGCGGCCGACCUUCCAUCGAUGGGGAUGCGAUGGGCCUCAAAUCAAGGGGGAACGGGAGCGGAACUGGCUCUGAGAACGGCCACAACUCCUCCUUCGGGGAAUACAAGUAUGGCCGGUUUGACAGCUCGGCUCUGCACAUCGCGCACGCCCUCAACGCCACCAAGAUCCAGCGUGUCUACGAUAAACCCAUCGAUCACUACCUGGAUGUGGCGUUGCAGAAGCAAAUGGAGAUGCAGCACCGCCUGGAGGAGGACGACCUUUACAAGAAAUUCGCCAAGCAGAGGGCUGCGGAAGAAGCCAAAAUGAACGACUACAUCAAAGAAGAGUGGGAGUCCGAAUUGGAGAAGCUGACCGCACAGUUUGAGCGAGACUUAGCCACCAAACGCAGGUCGCGAGAGGAUUCCAAGGUCCUGACGGUGAAGCAUCAGCGGGAGCGAGAGGAGCUUGAGAAAAACAUGACUAUCAAGAGAGACAUGAAGAAGGAGAACCUGACCCGUAAGAUGCUGGAGCACGAAAGGGCGGCUACAGCAGCACUGGUGGACAAGCACAGCAAGGAGAUGAUGCGCCUCAUACAGGAGAAGCGAUCUGAAUACAUGGAAGAAGAAGAGGUGAUAGACCACUAUCCUGCCCAGCCUCCGCCACCAAUGCCGCCGCCACAGACCAAGACCGACAUCUACAUGGACCCAGACGAGUUUGCUGAGGUGGACCAGCUGGCCAUACAGGUUGCCCAAGAAGACCAGAAGACCUUCACAGAUCUAGUAAGGAUGCUGGUGGGUCAUUGCGCUUCUGAUGUUGAAAAGGUGAGGACCAUAUUCCGCUGGAUCACCGUCAAGAACCUCAACUCCAUCACCUUUGAUGACUCUGCCCACGGUGACACCCCGAUGGGACUCCUGCGAGGCAUCAAGUAUGGCACCGAGUCAUACCAUGUGCUCUUCAAGCGGUUGUGCAGCUACGCGGGACUCCACUGUGUUGUCAUCAAGGGCUACAGCAAGUCCGCCGGAUACCAACCAGGCGUCAGGUUUGAGGACAACAGGUUCCGCAACUCAUGGAAUGCUGUGUACGUGGCUGGAGCAUGGCGCUUUGUGCAGUGUAACUGGGGUGCCCGCCAUCUGGUAAAUGCCAAGGAGGUGCCCAAGCCAGGAGGAAAGAGCAAGAGUGAUAGUCUGAGGGACUCAGGCCGUGCAGGAAGCAGGAGCAAUAACCUAAGGUAUGAGUAUGACGAUCACUACUUCCUCACUGACCCCAAAGAGUUCAUCUAUGAGUUCUUCCCGCUGCAGUCUGAGUGGCAGUUGCUCAAGGCACCCAUCAGUCUGCAUGAGUUUGAAGAGCUACCCUUCGUACGGUCUCUCUUCUUCCGUUAUGGUCUGUACUUCCCUGAUGAACACACCAAAGCAGUCAUGUAUACUGACUCCACAGGUGCUGCUACUAUCAGGAUUGGAAUGCCUAGCCACAUGCAGUCUUCCCUCAUCUUCCACUACAACCUCAAACUCUAUGAUUCCGACAAGGAUCAAUAUGACUCUGUCUCCCUUAAACGAUUUGUCAUGCAGUCUGUGGUGGGCCAGCUGGUGGCUUUCCGGGUGCACGCACCAUGUUCUGGGGCUCUCCUUCUCGACAUUUUCGCCAAUGCUGUCACUCCGAGAGAAUACCUUACUGGGGAACCCAUGAAAUUCAAGAGUGUGUGCAAAUUUAAGAUCGUUUGUGAAGACCUGCAAACAGUGAUGGUGCCACUGCCAGACUGUGCCUCAGGAGAGUGGGGUCCUGCCAAGGCUACCAGGCUCUUCGGGCUGGAACCUGUCACUCACCAUGAUGCUUUGGUGUUUGCUGGUCGAGACCUGGAACUACAAUUCCGCAUGACACGGCCACUCACCGACUUCAUGGCAACGCUGCACAAGAAUGGAUCUGAGGAGAAGCGGCUCAGCAAAUAUGUGAGUCACCGUGUGCACGAUGACCUAGUGACCUUCACGCUUAGCUUCCCCGAGGAGGGUCAGUAUGGCAUGGACAUCUACACACGUGAGGUUGCCAGUAUGGACACCACCAGCCCAACCGAGAAACACCUUCUGACACAUUGUUGCAAGUACCUCAUCAAUUCCUCCAAACGAAACUAGUGCCUCUCCUGCCCUAACCUGCCUCUUCUUCCUGUCAGCUGGUCCACACCAUGUUGGACCACAGCAGGCGUGUGAUGUCCCUAAAGGUGCCUUACUAUUCCCUUAAAUGUGUCUCGAACUUUAUUUUUGAAUAACUUAAAUACUUAAAAGAUUGUAUUGACUAGAUACUAAGUUUAUAGAAAUAUAUAUGUUGUAAAUAUCUAAAUAUGCUACUACAGAAAUGAUAACAUUAUAUAUAUAAGAAUGUUGUUUGUUACCAUGUCAUGGAAACAGAAAAAAAGUACGCUUCUUUGUGCUCCCAGAUGACAGUCCAUUUUUAUAAAUAUAGUAGCUUUAUAUCUGAUACUUGUUAUGUGGUUUUGACAUUAUGACACGAUGCCUUUGUGAGCUCAUUACUCCAUGGGGGGCAGAGAUUCUGACUUGUCUGUACACACACACACACACACACACACACACACACACACACAUGUAUCAUCACAUCCCAUCACACCAAAUAUUAUCAUUAUUAUUGCCACCAUCAUCGCCACCAUCACUACUACCACAUUCAUCACAACCAUCACCAAUACCAUCACCAAAGCAUAUACAUACACACACACACACAUAUACACACACUAUCACUACCACCACAAUCAUCACUACCACAAAACACACACACACCAGAGGGAAGGCACAGAUUCUCAAUGACUGUAGGUGACAGAAAAUGGUAUGGGAUGAUAUUUUCCCUCCGUGAGUUCUGAGGCCCUUUCCCCAAACAAGAGCUUUUUCUCACUGCCUACAAAACAACAGCCUCUCCUAUGGGUGAGUUGAUAACUUGGUAAUAUUCUGUACAGAGACAAACCAGUUUAGUCCAACUAGAGGCCUAUCUUUAGUGUUCUCUUGGUCAAGAUGAGAGCAUCUUAGUCUUCCAUGGCACUGGCCAUGCAUACAUUUACAUCCAGAAUGCAUGAGUUUUCACGAUCUGGUUGUGAUAAUGAAGGAGGAAAGAAAAACUUACAUUACACAUCAAUUACAAUAUAUACUGCAAACCUCCUGAACUUUAAGGGUUGUGACAGUUGGUGUUCAAAGCACCAUUCUUCUGCUUCUAUCAUAAUAUACAAGUAUUAACUUUCUCUUGGUGAAAGUGUUAUCCGGGUCCCAUUCCAAUAAGCUCUGCCUCCACCAUCUGAGUGGUAUGUAUGUGUGCAUCUCCUUUGAGGUGGAGAGGUACUCUGUUUUCUUUUCUUCCCACUGAGUAUCAUGAAAGGCAUCACUAGUGUAAUUCAGUUUCUAAGUAUGGGAGAAAAGUAAACUAUACCGCUGUGAACCAACAACCUCCUGAGAUCAUCACAUGUUUCAAAAUUAAAAGGAAGUAUCGAUCAAUAAGUUAGGCUACUAAGAAAACAUACCUCAAGAAAGAUCUGCUCAGCUCACACUAUUCAGAGUCUGGCGGGGCAAGGAAGCACCACCAUCCUGCUCACCAAGCCUGAGGACCAGGCUGACACACACCAACAGUCCUGCUGCGCCUCAGCACACACCUGGUGACAGUUCUGGUGAUGCUGACAGCCCAAGGCACUGCAGGAAGGCUUGGUUGCACACUUCCUCACGCAUCUCUUCCCACAUGCAUUUCUUUUCGUACAAAUUAAUAUAUGAAAGUGUUAAUAUAUUAAUAGAAUGAAUAUAUCUUUCUUCCGAUCACUGCCAGAACGUGGUGAUCACUGUAACAUAUUAUUGCUGGUUUGAUAAUAAAGAUCAUGCACUUUUA